UAACAACAGGUUUUCAUGUCCCAUCAUUGCCGCUGUCAAAUACGAACAAAUACGAAAAACGAGAGAUUCAUAGUAGCGCCUGGAGAGAAUGCCACCUGGAGAGAAAAAUACAGUAGCCCCAUAGGGUAAAGCCACCGUAUUCUUUCGUAUAGGGAGAGACUAACAGGCUCAAUGACUAAAAAUACUGAUUCACUGAUUGUAAAUAUUUCUGAUUUUACUUUAAAAGCUACUUUGACUGAUAGUGUAAGGAAUAACUGGAUAAAGUCACUUGUUCAGUAUAAAAGAUGACACAGAGACAAAGUGUGUAAAAAGUAUAAGUUACAGUUGUAUGCUAUGUAACCCAUCCGGGUUGCGAGCACACGUAGCCAGCCAUAGGGCCAAUCAGAAUAUAUGUAAACCGUGGCCCCGACACAGGGCAAGAGUUGAAAUCAAGAAUCGGACACUCCCUGCCGCUUCAUUUAAUUAAUAACUCAGAUAACAAAAAGCACAAAAAUAGUUUCCCAAGUUGAGAGAACGGACGAAAGCAGGAUUAUGAAAGGUACUUCUUUAACGUUAUGGUUGCACGUCCAAAACCACAUACAUGAUAAAAUAAUACAUACCUAGUAAACUAUCCCUUUCUAAUUUUCUGCCUGCCUUCAUGGGAGUUUGAGCAUAUUUGGCAUGAGUUUCAUGUAGGAUCUACCAACAGGGUAAAUGUGCGUAGGCUCUUUUCAUCUCAAAAAGAAAACCAGGCUGAGGCUGAGACUUCGUGAUCAGAAGUUGUGUGGAUAAAGUAACUACUGACCAAUCAAUAACCAUCGAGGUUCUAUUUUUUGCUAGAACUUACUGAACAAUGUAAUGGUUAAUUUUGAAACAGUUCGUGUAAAUAAACCAGAGUAAUACACAGAUAAGAAACUACAAUUAAUUUUUUUGCUGGCAGCUUGAAAAAAACGUGAAAUAGAAAGAAACAAUCAUGACAUGAUAGAUACGAAAAAAGAACUAGAAUUCCUCUAGGAAAAAAUAGCAAAUUUUGAUGAUGAAGUUUAGAUCAAUUUUUCUGCAUUUUCUAAUUCCCAUUGUAUUUUCAUUUGGUUUUAUUACUACGUGUGCUGGUGAAAAUGUAAAAAAGAGUGUUGAUGAUAAUAGAGAUGACAACGGCGAAACAAACGAUGAGUCCAAAGACGAAUCCCUGGACAUUCCCGUUGAAAGUGAACCCAACAAUAUUACGUGCACAAGAAGACAAAAUAGUCAAAUGCAUGAGUUACUGGCGGCAGGUCAUCAGCAAUUUCCAUUCAUGGCCGCUAUAAUGUCUCAACAAAACGAAUACUUGUGUUCUGGUGUAGUGGUCGCCAAUGGAUUAAUAUUAACAACAGCGCAGUGUACUCAACAACCACUAAGUUACAUUUUAUUAAAUACAACAACUGAUAAAAAAGACGACUCGACUGUGUCCCUCCACGUGACAAAAACCGAACGAUUCCCCACUUUUACCGGAACGGACUCUCUAAAAGACGUUGGUAUUGUGUAUACGGAGAAACACAAUAAUAGUAUCGCAACCAAAAUAGUUCUUAGCAAUUACACUAAUCCUCGCAAUGUCCUCGACUUGGAAGGGAUAGGAUUUGGAUUAAACGCUGAUGUUGGACAAACGAAAGAGCUGCAGUAUGUUGGCAUGGAAAACCGUUCACCAGAAGAAGUAACAGACGUUUUGAAAGUCUAUUUUGACUGCGUGGAAACUAAGGUAACAACGUGUUUCAAAGAUACUGGUGGCCCAGUUUUAUAUGAUAAGGAGCUUAUGGGUAUUGUCAUAAAAGGUCAAGAUGAAUGUUCAAAAGAAAUGUCAUCCACGUACGCUGUAAACAAAAGGAUGGCUGAUGUUUUACCGACUUAUGCUUUUAAGGCGUGGCUAGAUGAAAAAAUAAAAAAGAAUGAUGAACAAGAACAAGUUGCGCUGGUGGCUUAUCCGGGACAACCGGUUAGAAGGUCACUUUUAAACGACGGUCUUCAUAAGUUCACAAGUUCGAGAGUAGAAAUCAUUACGUCAACUCCUGCGCAUAUUUUUACAGGAUUUGUGUGUGUCUUUGCACUUUAUUGAAGUAUUUGUCCUUUAUUGUAAAAUCGUGUAAAUUUUUUGUGAAUUAAUAAUAGCCUUUUUGUUUGGAGAAUGCUUUUCUAUUUAUUUCUGUUAGUAUUGGACUGGUACUAUGAUAUUAUACUUUCAAGAUAAAUGAGGAAACUUUAUAUUUUAAAUAUGCAAAUACUAUAUUUUUGCAAGGGGUUUGACUCGCUUUCACAAAAUAAAAAUAGCCCAUGGCCCAUGUGUUAUUCCUAGAUUGUCCAAUGUGUUAUGUAGGUGAAACUGUAGGUACUGUUGGCUGCCACCUAAAUAAAGAAAUAAAUAAGAGAGAAAUAGAGAAAGUAACGUACAUAAUACAUUUUGUAGACAACAUACCUACAUAAAAUCGCUUAGACGACUAUACCAUGCAAUCCAAUGUGGUCAAUGAAAAAGUCAUAGGUACUUUUACAAGGGUAGGUAGAGGACAAAGUACUAGACAUGCGUAU